UUUUUGUGUGUGUUUGAUACAGUUUUUCCCAAUUCGCAUAAACUUUUAGGUGUAAACUGUAAUCAUCAAAAUUUUAUUGACAUAUGGUGAAAAAUAAUUAAAUUAGAAAUUAAAUAAUAAAUAAUAAUUCGCCCUGACCCCGGUCGCCUCCCCACUCCCUUCUCUUUGUCUCUACAUAUCUAGAUCUGUGGGUAGUAUUUCAUUCAUUCUUAUGAUAUGCACCCCAUGAGUAUAUGGCAUAAAUUUUAUUAUAAAUACACUUCGAUAUCCUAUUCAAUAUUUAGGUUUAUGAUAUAGUUUCUUUUUUUUUUAUUAGUAAGUAUAGACAACUACAUCUUAUAAAAUAUUAUACACACACAAUCAUAAUGUCAUCUGAUAAAGAGGUUGACGCUGCCCUUCACCAUGGUGAAUCGGUUUCUAUUUCAAGUAAAGGUGCUGAUGAUCAUCUUAAUGUUCAUACUGAAGAUAUUAAUGAUUAUCUUUAUCUUCCAAACUCAUGGUGGACUUAUAAACAUUUCUGGGUUUUACAUUUCUUUAUUUUCUUAGCUACUUUAACUUCUACUAAUAAUGGUUAUGAUGGUUCUAUGUUAAAUGGUUUACAAUCUUUAUCGAUUUGGAAAAAUUCCAUGGGUAAUCCAACUGGUUCUGUUUUAGGUGCUCUUUCUAAUGGUAAUACUUUUGGUGUUAUUUUAUGUUUCCCAUUUGCUUCUUAUUUCUCUGAUAGAUUCGGUAGAAAAUAUACUAUUAUGGUUUCUGCUUUUGUUACUGUUAUUGGUGCUGUCUUACAAGGUGCUUCUUAUAAUUAUGCUUUCUUCUUAUGUUCCAGACUUAUUAUUGGUUUCGGUUUCGGUGUCUCCGCUGUUUCUGCUCCAUCUUUAAUUGCUGAAUUAGCUUAUCCAAAAUAUAGAGAAACGAGUACUGCUGUUUAUAAUAGUUUCUAUUAUUUCGGUGCUAUUAUUGCCGCUUGGGUUACUUAUGGUACUAGAAAUGUCGAUGGUGCUUAUUGUUGGAAAAUUCCUUCAUAUUUACAAGCUUUCUUACCAUUUGUCCAACUUCUUUUCUUCUUCUUAGUUCCAGAAUCCCCAAGAUACUUAGUUGCCAAAGGUAGAAUUGAAGAAGCUAAAAAGGUUUUCCAUUACUAUCAUUGUGGUAAUGAUGAAGAUGAACGUGCUUAUAAAUUAGUUGACUAUGAAGUUAAAGAAAUUCAAACUGCUUUAGAAAUGGAAAAGCUUUAUUCUACUGCUAGAUAUACUGAUUUCUUCAAGAUCCCAUCAUUUAGAAGAAGAUUAUUCUAUUGUUUCUUCACUGCUUGGUUAAUGCAACUUUCUGGUAAUGGUUUAGUCUCUUACUAUUUGAAUAAGGUUUUAGAUUCCAUUGGUAUAACCGGAACUAAAGAACAAUUAGAAAUUAAUGGUGUUUUAAUGAUCUAUAACUUGAUUAUUUCUUGGGGUACUGCUUUACUUGUUAACAAAUUCAAGAGAAGACAUUUAUUAUUAACUUCUAUUGCUGGUAUGUUAGUCACUUAUAUUAUUUGGACUGUUCUUUCUGCUAUCAAUCAAGAAAGAAAUUUCGAACAAAAAUCAUUAGCUAACGGUGUUCUUGCUAUGAUUUUCCUUUAUUAUUUAUGUUAUGAUCUUGGUCUUAAUGGUUUACCUUAUGUUUAUAUUACUGAAAUCUUACCAUAUUCUCACAGAGCCAAAGGUCUUAAUAUUUUCCAAUUAUCUCAACAAGUUAUUGUUGUCUAUAACGGUUUCGUUAACCCCGUUGCUAUGGAAGCCAUUGAAUGGAAAUACUAUAUUGUCUACUGUUGUAUUCUUGCUUGUGAAUUCGUCAUUGUCUAUUUCUUCUAUAUCGAAACUUUUGGUUACUCAUUAGAAGAUGUUGCUAUUGUUUUCGGUGAUGAAGAAAAAGCUAACUUAAGAGGUUUUGGUGAUAUUCCAUCUGAAAAGUUAACUUCUGCUCAUAUUGAAGAUCACAGUGAUAAUUCUUCUAAACAAAUACUUAAAGUCUAAGUAUUUAAUAUGCUAAAUAAAACAUAGUCUUUAAUAAUUUUUUGUCUUUAUAUUGACUAUCUCUAACGCUGAAUAUUUGUUUUAAUAUUUAAUUUACGAAUAUAUAAUGUUUUAAA